GGGAGGUGGAGGUUUAGGGAAAAAGGAGGAGAAGGAGACUCGGGGAAAAACGCAGACCUCAGACCAGCCCGCCUCGACUCACAGUCUCCGCUCUCUUAUCCCGGUGUCAGCGGAGAAAUCUGAUCCCAGGUCGGCGGACCGCGUCUCGCCUUCCACACUACGAGCCUGGGACUCAGACCAGAGGAAAUCGUGUACCGUCGGCAGCCAGGUCGGCACGCCAAGACUCAUCCACGGCAGAGCACGGCGAGGGAACGGACAAGGAGGCUGCGAAGGCGAAGGGAAGGCUGGUAGGACCCACGGAGGAGUUUAAUACAGAAGCACAUCCAGCGGAGGGGGAGAGCAGAGAGGACUGAGUGGCGGCGCAUACGGAGUAGUAUUACGCUCAGCUAAUUUCCAACAUUUUCCAUUCUUGGCAGCGACAGUGUGCUCUCAGAGCCACAUUUAUAAGGAGAGCUAGCGGAAUGUAAUGCUAGCGAGCUAGCUAAUGGUAGCUAGCUAAUUAGCUUGUCAGGCACCCGAGAGUCGGACGUGUGAUCUUUAUUAAAAUAGGUCACUGUUUGGCGUCAUUUCACUUUUCCCCCCUCUCCGAUAAAGGCUGGUCUUUCUGUUGUUGUUUGGACAAGAUUUUAAUAUGGUCAUUAUGGUCUGUCUGUAAUAACCAACGCCAAGUUAGACAAUAAACAGAGCGAGCUUUCCAUAUUGAUGAAAAUCUGUUCAAUAUUAUCCGUCCGAAGCUUUUAGUGAAUAUCAAGCUGUGGAGGAGAAAACAAAGGAAUAAAAGGGGAAAGAAAGCAGGAGGAAAAAAAGAGGAGCAGACUUUUCAUCACUGACUGUCCCCCGUCCAAUGUUAAUGUCGACCGACGUUGCAUCUAUAAUGCUGCCCGUUAAUCGGGGAAUAAUGGAGCGCGAGAGGGACCUCGAGACGGCGGCCGGCGGAGCGCAUCCGAACGCGGCCGCCGGAGCCGCGGUUGUCCGGGGGAUGAAGCGCGGAGACCCGGAGCCCGACGCUCAGACCGCCGCUGCCCUGACUGACCUGACCGGAGCGGAAUGCAAGAGACCAAGGAUAGACGGCUCCGGUGAGAUCGGACAGAACAAUGAGCCUUUAAACCCCGGUUUCCAUGGAUACGCACCUCACAGUCAGGGCUCCCAGGACUCAACCGGAGGACAGGAGGGUUUAGUAGCCCCGCCCUUUACGACCUUCCCCCCUCCUCCCCCUCCUCAAAACGGCCUACCAGGGACAGAGUUUGGUCCGGGGGCCAUGUUUGCCGCCGCGGGCCAAAGUGCAGUGGAGGUCGGAGCGGGUGCUAACGGAGCCACGACUACAGCCAACAACAACAAUGGAAAGACAGAGGAGACGUCUCAGGGCGAGGCGGGAGCGCAGUGUUCUGCAGGAGGCACAGGCGCGGGCGGCUCAACGGGAGACUCCGCGGAGGCCAAGGGGACCCCCAAGCGCCUCCACGUCUCCAACAUCCCCUUCCGCUUCCGGGACCCGGACCUCAGGCAGAUGUUUGGGCAAUUUGGGAAGAUUCUGGAUGUAGAGAUUAUUUUCAAUGAGAGAGGGUCAAAGGGUUUCGGCUUUGUGACAUUUGAAAACAGCGCCGACGCGGAGAAAGCCAGAGAAAAGCUCCACGGCACGCUGGUGGAGGGCCGUAAAAUCGAGAAGUCAGUUUCCUGUAUGCUUCCAAUGUGUCCAUGUAAGUGGCCCAACUACAGUUCACUACCUGCUUUCCUGUCAUCACAUCACAUCAUAGUCAUCAUAAAUUAUAUAUAUAUAAUAUAUACACACACAAAGCAUGAUGGCGUGUCUCAUAAGAUGCUCUCUCAAACACGGUUCAUUCCUCUCAUCCCAUCCAUGGCUGUUUCUGUUAUCAUUUGGAUGCCUAAGGAUAAGCCACUGAUACUCGCAUUACUUUCCUUUUCUUGUCAAAGAUAAUUAUGAAUAUUAUAAUUUCUUUAAAUUUUCCUCACUUGACCCAUAUUUCACUCUUACGUGGCCUCAAAGCAUCGUCUCUAGGCAUUGGCUUUACUGAACCAUUUGUGUUGUAGUAGAGAAAAUAACCUUGGUGAGAUGAUCAAUUCAGAUUAUUUACUCGUGUAGCUAAUGGCAGACAAAUACGUUUGAGAGUUUCUCUGACAUCUUGAACAAUUUGGAGCAGAAAUGUAUUAAAUAGAAGAAAACACAAAUUGGAUUAAACGUAUAACAAAGGUUGCGAGGAUAUAAAGGGAAUCAUUUUAGUGCCGAUCUGUCUGGUGGCAGCAGUUCAGAAACUGUUCUACUUCGUGUCUGGGCGUUGAUUAAUCAGUUCCUCCACUUCUAUGGUAUCAUCCACUGAUUUAGCAGUCAGGUUUUCAUCAAACGUGGACCUGCAGUCUUGUAUGAUAAUCUGAUCAACAGUGGACCGAUCACACAGCCCUUAGUGUUUUAUGUCUGCAUUAUGGGUGCAGCAAUAAAUUGGCUCCGAUUUCCUUAAUUUUGGGAGUUCUGCAAAGAUCUGAAAACCAGACACCAAAUCACAUCUGCAUGUGCUUCGUUAACAGUAGUCACCCCUCGGAUGCCUACUUAUCGAUUUCGUUGCUAUAUUUAGUGACUUUUCAGACAAAAACAAAUAAAAACUGAAUUGUUGAGGCUCUUUUUAAAGAUCCCUGAUUUUUUUUGUACCACUUAUGAGACGUUAAGCUACCAAAAUAGCAGUUUCAUUUUGUGAAUGAGAAAAAAAACGUAACUACCAGAGGAGAGAACGUCGCUGUUGACCCUGAAGACCGGCUCCUGUUCCGAGCCGAGUUGUUUGUGGGCGAUCUGUUGUUGUCGGAGCGUUGAGGAAAGUGACGGUUUCUCCGCAGCGCAGAGUUUUAGUCGGAUAUCGCAGCAGUAAAAGGCGGAAAGGCUAAGUUCUGUGUGUGUGCAGAGGUAGUGUUGCAGCUCUGCAUGCAGGCUGAUGGUUGUGCUGUGGGGCGUCAGUGAAUACGAACCGUCAGUCCUCACUGCAUGGAUGUUUGUGGUGGAAGUGGAUGGGAAGCGAUUGUACAUGCCUGACCUGGCGGACUCAGUCCAACCCAAAGCAUUCCAGACUCCUGAACGGGACGCAUUAAAUUAAAUUUGAACGAGCGUCUUCGUACGCUGCACCUUUUGCUUUUGUCCAGUUUUGGCAGAUGAGCUCCAUCUGAAUCUGACCAAUCUAAAUUUUUGUUCCUGCAUGACUUUUUUUUUUUCCCCCUCCUGGAAUGAUAAGUGACUGAUGUGUGAAUUUAUUUUUGUGUUCUUUGUACAUGUGUAAAAUUGUAGAAAAGUUUGAAAAAAGAGUCCAACCUUUGUCCUCUUCAACCCUCUUUUUUUCUCUGUUUUGACUCAUUCUGUCUUUCUCACACAAACCUCUGUGAUCUUCUUGCCAGUCAUGUUUGUCUUUUUUUAUUUGAUUUUAUCUGACGUUAAUAUGUAGCUUUUAAAAUUUAUUUUCUCCUCUUAUCUUUGCCAAACUCUACUUCCAUAUUUUAUUUUUAGCUUCUUUUUUUUCUUUUUUUUAACUGUAGUGGCUGCCUUCAUGGUGACUGGUAAAAGACGGUAAAUUUAGCCCAGUGUCCCAAUACACACUUUCCCCUUCAUGCCGUGACUUCACCGCUAGAAUGAGAAUCGUUUCCUCAUCUUACUAAAAGUGCUCUCGCUUAAAACCGAUGGCCACAAACUCAUUUUGCUGUUCUUGUUUUGUGGUGGACGAUGUUUGUUUUAAUCAGCUGCAAAUUUACAACGCCUUUCAAAAGAUAUUCACACUUUGCGAACAACUUAAAUGCAAUUUUUGGGGGGGAUUUUAUUCGAUACACCAGCAACAAGUAGUGCACAAUUAUAAAAUGGAACAAAAAGUUUUAUCUUCAAAAACAAAAUAAAGAGAAAUGAUCACAAAUUUUAGUCCAGACAUACCUGCUUUAGAAAUGGAACAACUACAAGCAAGUUCAAGUGUUAUCAGAAUCCCUAAAAACCAUUUGGAAAGUAUCUGGCAAAGUAUGGAGCGAGUGUUUGUAGCUUGUUUUUAGACUUUUGCCACUCCAUGGCAGCUCAGGCUGUUUGUGUAGAGUCAUUGUUUUCCUUUAAGGUGAACCCCUGCGCCACAUUACAGUCUUAUACCCAAUCCAGAGGUUUCACCAACUCUAAUUUAAGACUUUUUAAGACCGCCAUGAAUACAUGGCUUUGUUUUUUUUUACCAAUGUCAUCCAGCCGACUGCCAAUAAAUUUACACUUACCGACAAAAAACUAGACACUUUCCCAUUGGAAAAUGCAAGAAAGCUAGCUAGCUAGCAGUAUUAGCAGCUUGUUACUCGUAGCCUCGAGAUACAGAAUGUAGCGAGUGAUGAUGUCUGCAACUCAGAUAUUUGCCUGAUACAAAAGUCCCGUAAG